AUGCACGAGCCACGCAAGAUCGGCACGGAUCUCAAUAUCGGUGUGCUGUUUGUCCAGAGUGAUGAUAUGGUUUACAAGACGUCCAAUCAGACUGAAAUCACUGUAUUGAUGAGAUCAUGCUUCGGUCGCUGCGAUUGCGCCUCCACAUUCCAGACUAUGGGGACAGCCGAGCGAAUCCAGUCUGCUACUCCGCCAGAUCUGCCCGUGUUCGUGCUAAAAUAG